AGAGAGUAAUUUGAUGAAGAAGGAAUCAUCAACGGUGUCGUCAAUGCCUUAUCAAAUAUCGAGCAAGGCACGAAAAAGAGAAAAUGCUCGAGAUGAUACAAGUUGGAGUGAAUCUACGGACAGUCAGGAUGAUGAGGAAACUUCGGACGCUAGUGAAGAUGACUAUGCCAAGAGACUUACAAAGAAACUAGACUCGCAGAUUGCACGAACCUAUCAACUGUUGAAAACAAAAGACCCCUCUAUUUAUGAUCAACAAACUCAAUUCUAUAGUGAGGAAGAGGAAGACUCGGAUUCAUCGAUGGAACCCUUGAGUUACGACGACGACAACAAGCCCGUUGCGUUAACUUAUGAAAAGAAGAUUGAUGUGGAUAGUAUGAAAGAUGCGUCUAAUAAGGCUCAUUCUAGAGUAACUUUGAACAAACCAAGUAAUAAUAUUUCUCUUUACGACCCCGAACAAGUGAGACUGAAACAAGAAAUAUCGAAUAUUGCGGACUCGCUACCACAAGGCACUACCGAUGAGUUUCUCACAAGAAAGGAAUCUAGUCAGGAUAAAGACACUUUGGAAGAAGAGCAUUGGAUGCGUACUAUUCAGGAAGCUGAAAGGAAUCAAACUGCGGAAGAAUAUUUGUUACACUCCUAUUUGGAAAAGGAGAAGCCUGACGAAGCGGAGCGAUUCUUGAGAGACUAUAUUUUGAACGAUGGUUGGAUAAAAAAUAUACACGAAGCUCCAACAUCAAAUAGUGUCAUUCAUAAUAUAGAAAUAGAUGAACAAGAUGCAGAAUUUGUUGAGAAACAAGAAGACUUUGAAGCCGCCUAUAAUUUUCGAUUCGAAGAACCGAAUUCCACCGAAAUAGUUUCAUAUGGUAGGAAUAUAUCUUCUUCUUCUCGACCCAAGGAAAACAAGAGAAAGAAAAAGAGAGAUCGAAGAGAAAUGAGAAAGAAAGAGAAAAAGCAGAACAAAUGGAAGGAAUGGGAUCCGCUGAAGAAAGAGAAGAGGGAAAAGAUACUUUGCAGAAUAAAGCAAGUAUUGGAGGUUUGUGAGAAACAAGGGGUCUCUUAUUUCUCAUGGAUAGAACAAGAUGACGACUUGGAUAUCAACCAACAUAAACAAAAAGUCAAGGCCAUAUUGGAUGAACAAGAUGAAUCUUGGUUGAAAACGUACUUGGAAUCAGAAUCUAGUGCACCAAGAAAGACUAGCGAAGGCUUAGAAGGCUAUCGUGAAAAAAUAUUGGAAAUUGAUCGACUGAUUGAUGAGUAUUUUGAACUCGAGUUGGAAGAUGUUGUUGAUGAUGCACCGAUUCGGUUUCGAUAUCGUCCAGUGGAACCGGAAACUUUUGGACUUGAAACAACAGAUAUUCUUCAGAUGGACGAAACCGAGUUGAAUAGACUGGUUCCUCUGAAUUAUGUCACUUCGUAUGUUCAACCAAAAGGUCUUUCCCGUAUUCGAAAAAGAGUAAAGUGGAUCAAGAAACACAAUUCACUUUUAUCCAACAACAAUAAGACCACAGAUAGGAAGAAGAGAAGGAUAAAGAAUGAUGAGUCAAGUUCUCGAGGUCAUACUUCCAACGAGACUAAAGAGAGUUACAAGGGACUGCAACUUUCUAUAGAGAGAAUGAAAGCAUAUGGCUUGAGAUCUGUAGAAUGAUAUGGUUGUGAAGCCUUAUAGAGACUUGUGGAUAUGACCUUGGAAUAUCCUCAGCAGCUUAAUAUAGAUAUGGCACUGGAAUUUCUAUGAAAAUAUAAAUAAACACAAGAUAGUCUUCUGCCUACC